AUGCCCUCUCACGCCCCCCGCACGCCCGCCCUCAUGCAGGCCCACGGCACGCCACAGGUGUCUCUGCGGCGUUGCUCUGUCAGAGAACAAGGGAGCUGUUUGCCGGAGGACCGCAUAGUAGGCGGCGAGGACGCAGCUCCAGGCGAGUUCCCGGCUAUCGUGUCGCUGCAAGUGGACGAGAGCCACAACUGCGGCGCCAACGUACUCGACGAGCAGUGGGUGCUCACCGCCGCGCACUGCGUCGACGUCGAUACGAGCCAGCUGUCAGUCCUAGCCGGCACCGUCAACAUAUCCUCUGGCGGCACGCGGCACCGGGCGAACAAGGUGGUGGUGCACAGCCGGUACAGCCCCGUGGACUCCUGGGUCAACGAUGUCGCUCUCAUAAGGGUGGAGCCCGCGCUGGUUAUCGACAACGUGACCGUGGCGGCUGCCAGGCUGCCGGAGCAGUGGGAGGACACACCUGCCGGCACUCCCGCCGUCAUCAUCGGCUGGGGACGGCUCUGGCAAAACGGAGACCUACCCGAUAUGCUGCAGAAGGUGGACACGGCCAUCGUGGACCAGCAGGAGUGCUUCGACGUGUACGCCUACAACUACACGAUUCACGACAGCCAGAUCUGCUCGGAGGUGCCGCUGCCGGACAAGGGCGCCUGCAACGGUGACUCCGGCAGCCCGAUGCUGGUGGACGGCGUCGUGGUGGGUCUGGCGUCGUGGCAGCAGGGCUGCGCCCUCGAGGGCUACCCCACCGUCUACACCAGGGUCUCGCACUUCGUGGACUGGAUCGAGGAGAACAAGAAGUAG